AUGGACGGGCGCCGGGGCUUCCUGGCGCUGCUGGUGGCGGCGCUGCUGGUCGGCUUCCUGUCCGUGAUCUUCACCCUCGUCUGGGUCCUCCACUAUCGGGAGGGGCUCGGCUGGGACGGGAAAGGACCCGAGUUCAACUGGCACCCGGUGCUCGCGGUCACCGGCUUCAUCUUCAUCCAGGGCAUCGCCAUCAUUGUGUACAGACUGCCAUGGACCUGGAAAUGCAGCAAGCUCCUGAUGAAAUCCAUCCACGCGGGGUUAAACUUCGUGGCAGCCAUUCUUGCCAUUAUUUCUCUGGUGGCGGUGUUUGAUUUCCACAAUACCCUGAACAUCCCCAAUAUGUACAGUCUACAUAGCUGGAUUGGACUGACGGCUGUCAUACUGUACGUGUUACAGCUUCUCCUAGGUUUUUUCAUCUUUCUGCUUCCUUGGGCUCCACCCUCUCUUCGAGCAUUUCUCAUGCCCAUACACGUUUAUUCUGGACUUCUCAUCUUUGGAACAGUGAUUGCAACAGCCCUCAUGGGAGUGACUGAGAAACUGUUAUUUGUCCUGAAAAAACCUGGCUAUGACACGUUCCCACCAGAAGGUGUUUUUGCAAACACCCUGGGCCUUCUGAUUCUGGUGUUUGGGGCCCUCGUUUUCUGGAUAGUCACCAGACCACAGUGGAAACGUCCUCAAGAGCCAGCUUCUGUCCGUCUUCAGCCAAACGGAGGCACUCCAGAGGGAGUGGAAGGCCCCAUGGCAAUAAACUUUGACAACGUGGACAAAUCAGAGUCAGAGUUAAACAACGAAGCAGCGGCCAGGAAAAGAAACGUGGCCCUUGACGAGAGUGGCCAGAGGUCCACCAUGGCUCACUGA